AUGUCUUCUGUUCAACAACAACAACAACAGCAACAACAAAAAUUAACUGAGGAGCAAUCCAAGAACAACUUGGCUCAACUUGGCGCACUUGAGGAGGAUGAUGAGUUUGAGGAAUUCGCUGCUGAAGAUUGGGGGGAGAAUGAGGAGGAUCCAAAAGACCCCCACUUCUGGGAAGACAACUGGGAUGAUGACGAUGUCGAGGACGAUUUCUCAAAGCAGCUGCGUGCUGAACUUGAGAAGGAAUCCAACCAACCUCAAGCUAUGAAAAUGUAA